AUGUCGGACUCGGCUUCUGAAAGUCUCAAUGUGCAUUCAGAAUCUGAGAAAAAUAAUGAAUGCUCAACCAAUGGGAGCAUCAAACCUCAGAUUGAGCAAAAGGGUGAAACAGUGGCAAAGAGCGGAAGCGAAGUUCCUUGUUCCGUGGUUGAAAACCCCACAAGUGUCAAUGGGGCUGCAAAUUCUGUGCCCGAGGUGGGGAGUUCUGAAGUGGAGUACAUAGAAUCUGAUCAUCUGAACGAUUUGGAAGAUGUGGACUUGAGUCUGAAGACGCUGUUAACAGGUUUAGAUUCGAAGGACUGGGUUUUGGUCUGUGAGGCACUCAACAAAGUUCGUAGGCUAUGUAUAUUUCAUAAGGACGCUAUGCUCGACAUUUUGGAUAAUGUGAUCUCCCUAGUUGUCAAAUCCCUGAAGAAUCCUAGAAGUGCUGUUUGUAAAACUGCUCUAAUGACGUGUGCUGAUAUUUUCAAAGCAUAUCGUGAUGACUUGAUUGAUUUGUUGGAUCCAAUGCUUGUGCAACUUCUGCUCAAAUCUUCUCAAGAUAAAAAGUUUGUCUGCGAAGCAGCUGAGAAAGCUUUAAUAUCGAUGACCACCUGGAUUUCGCCUGUCUCAUUGCUACCCAAAUUGCAACCUUAUCUCAAGAACAGAAAUCCCCGAAUUCGAGCAAAAGCUGCUAUGUGCUUCUCCAGAAGUGCACCGAAACUGGGUGUUGAUGGGAUUAAAGCAUAUGGAAUUGACAAAUUGAUUGAAAUAGCUAUAUCCCAGCUCAGUGGUCAGCUUCCAGAAUCCAGGGAGGCUGCCAGAACUCUGUUGUUGGAGCUACAGACUGUAUAUGAGAAAUCCCAUGCCCCUAAUGCAGACGAUGUUUCUGAUGGACCUGACACCACAUCGUGGGAAGAUUUCUGUCAGUCAAAACUCUCACCUUUGAAUGCUCAAGCUGUCCUGCGUGUUACCAGUAUUGUUCGGGAAGGUGUUGUUGGUUCUUAG